UGCGCCGUGGUCUCGGAUUGCGAGUACGGAGGAACUUGUGAUUUGACUACAUUGAUGUGCAUGUGUGCAGCUGGGUACACUGGUACAACCUGUGGAACAGGUGCCUGCGCCGUGGACUCGGAUUGCGAGUACGGAGGAACUUGUGAUUUGACUACAUUGAUGUGCAUGUGUGCAGCUGGGUACACUGGUACAACCUGUGGAACAGGUGCCUGCGCCGUGGACUCGGAUUGCGAGUACGGAGGAACUUGUGAUUUGACUACAUUGAUGUGCAUGUGUGCAGCUGGGUACACUGGUACAACCUGUGGAACAGGUGCCUGCGCCGUGGACUCGGAUUGCGAGUACGGAGGAACUUGUGAUUUGACUACAUUGAUGUGCAUGUGUGCAGCUGGGUACACUGGUACAACCUGUGGAACAGUUGCCUGCGCCGUGGACUCGGAUUGCGAGUACGGAGGAACUUGUGAUUUGACUACAUUGAUGUGCAUGUGUGCAGCUGGGUACACUGGUACAACCUGUGGAACAGGUGCCUGCGCCGUGGACUCGGAUUGCGAGUACGGAGGAACUUGUGAUUUGACUACAUUGAUGUGCAUGUGUGCAGCUGGGUACACUGGUACAACCUGUGGAACAGGUGCCUGCGCCGUGGACUCGGAUUGCGAGUACGGAGGAACUUGUGAUUUGACUACAUUGAUGUGCCAUUGUGCAGCUGGGUACACUGGUACAACCUGGUUGGAUAAGAGAAGGAUAUUUCAUCCCAAUCGUAAAGAUUCAACUGUUGUCCCUGAGGUGUCUUCAAACUAA